AUGGCACCACCAUCUCCCAGACGAUCCUCAAGAGCACCGAAACACGAGAUCCGGACACAAGCCCUCAUCCGGCAAAUCUACCCCAAGCGCAUCCCUAUCAUCGGAGCCCCCGAGGACCUCGACGAUCCGCACAUCCUACGCCGGCGUCGACGCGCCUACGACGACGACCGAGAUAAACUACCGAGACGUGACUCUAUAGAAAUGGUCAACGCCAGCGAUGAGAUCCAGGAGGAUGACGAGGCGGUCCGUUGUAUCUGCGGGUACGACGAUUAUCCAGGACCGCCUCCUCUCGACCCUGAGAUGAAACUUGCGAGAGACGCAGACUCUAUAGUAUUCACCGGUCUCGAUGUUACGGACGAUAUCUCGGGCUUCUACGUGCAAUGCGAUAUUUGCAAAGUAUGGCAGCACGGAGCCUGUGUGGGCAUCAUGACGGAGGAGAGCUCUCCCGAUGAAUAUUUUUGCGAAAAAUGUCGAAAAGACCUUCAUAAAAUCCAUAAAGCUACCAAUGGACAACGAUACUCGACCUAUCUUCCUCUCCAUCGAACCUCGCGAGCUUCCCGAUCUGCCUCAGUUGCCAAAGAGGGUGGCCGUUCGCCCAAGAAUGGCACAGCGAAAAGUGAGAGGGGUGCGUCGUCCUCUCACUCAAAGCGUCGAUCUACAAUGAAUAGCCGCGAGGCAGCGUAUGAUGAAGAAGAGCAAUUGCGCCGCGCCAUCGAAGCCAGCAAGGAAUUGGCUGUCGUACAGGAUGACGGCGGCUCCGUCAGACGCAACAAACGUGGCCGGAGUGACAGUGAAGAAAAUCCUGCGAGCGUUAAAAGACAGCGGACAAGCUCGCGGUCCCCGUCCCCUCCAUCGGACACGCCACCGAAAAACGAGAUUCACGACGAUUCCGAUGACGGCGCCCUGACGAGGAAUGGCUCCUUGAAGCAGUCACGUAGUUCUCGCUCGCAAAAGGAGAGGUCAGAGCGAGAGGAGCGAGACAGGAUACGACAAGAAGCGGCAAAUAAGAGGAAAGGAAGGGCCGACCGAAGGCGCGGCGAGGGCCCCGGGGCCACUGGCCCAGAGAAAGAACCCAAUGCCCAAGCGGACGUUGACUCAGAUCCUCUAGAUGAGGGUGUGAGGAGCACCCAUAAGAAGACCAAGGGCCGCAACCAAUACACCAAGGAUCGGGAUGUUGAAGCGGACCGGUCACCUGUGCGGUCAAUGUCAAGAGAUACACCAAAACACGACGAGCCGAGCAUCAACAAUGGGCAAAAGCCGGAACGCGUUAGCUCCAAAUCUAGGACCGGUGCGCACAGUAAGAUAUCCUUGAACGAGCUCAAACGGCGUUCGGCAGCCUUCCUAGACUUCAUCGCCAAGACUCAGGUAGAGCUCGCAUCGGAAGAUCAACCAGAGUUCAAGCCAGAAAGAGCCGAUACGCCCAAAGACCGUCGAAACGGCACGCCACAGACCCAGGCGAACGGGAGUCCCCACCCCGCAGCGAGAAAGGCCGAGGGAGCCGUGGGUUCCCCAGCGUCGCAAAACUCCGUCUCCAAGGCGUUCAAAGAAAUGAACUGCGUAGAGAUGAUGGACCUCCUCACAAGAGACUUGGUAAAAUGGCAGAACAGGUAUUCAGCCUGA